UGUUGUUGUUGUUUUUCUUCACGUUAAACUCGUGUCAGUUGCUAAUCCCAAAAUCUAGCAAAGAAUCGAUCCGUGAUCACAAAAAUGCUAGAGUCAUCAGAAGAUCUAAACAACACACACACUAUUAGCAAGAAAGGGUACGCAAGCCCGAGGAGGUACACCUGCAAUCCCUGCAGCACGUUUGCAUGCUCACAACUGAACUACACGCCCACACACUACAAAUCGACUACAGCAGCAGCAUCACCCCCCUUGUCCCGCAUUUACCACAAUGAAUGUUUGUCGACUACAGCCCGUAGUUGUGCCUGCAAGCUGGGCUGUGGGUUUGUUGUACAAAGGACACACAUUAGCAGCCAGCAGUAGCAAGGUUGCAAACGUGUAGCCCUGGUGCUAUCGCUUUGGUCUCCUCGGGCAUUGCUCUAAUUUGCAGCGCAGAUAGAGAGAGGGGAGCGGAGAGUUGCUUGAACAAGAAGUAGUUCGUUCUGUCUUUUGUGACGAAGGUUGGAAAAUUCCAAAUUCGACUCCGCUGCAGCAGCGAAGCGGCUCAUAAUCAAUCAUGGACUCGCAGUUCAUCCCCAAGGCCAUUGAUAUGGUCAAGGAUGCCAUCGCCGCCGACAACAACCAGGACUACGAGACAGCCCUUGGACUGUACAAGAAAUCGCUGGAAUACUUCAUGACCGGCCUGAAGUACGAGCCCAACCCCAUGGCCAAGGCAACCAUCAUGAAGCGAGUAGAAGGCUACAUGAAGCGGGCCGAGACCCUCAAGGAGAUCGUGGAGGAACAGGCCGCAGCUAAGAAUGGCAUGGGCAAGGGCGGGGGCGGGGGGGGGGGAGUGACAAUUUUCUACCUGCCGUGCGCAAGCGACUGUAACGAGUGUGAAACCUUCCUUGCUUGA